GAUCAGCCAUUUGCUUCUCUCUCAGGCUGACAUCAGCUGUCUUUUCCUGUCGCUCUGCGGUAUGUUUCAGCGGCUGGCCGCUCAUGGCAGCAGCAGCAUUGCACAGACAAGCACCUGAAGCAAGUCUGAGAUGGCGAUUUGCUUCCGGUUCACAUGCCUCUAUUUCUCAAGCACCUGAUGUUGCCACAACUGCCUUCAAUGAGUGGUCGUGGUGUGCCACUCCGUCUGCGAGCGCAAGGAAUGUUGUUGAGUCGCAUGGCUGGCUGGAAAGAGCUCUGAAACUACAGUUCAAAAACCAGCUGGCUGCUUCUCAGUCACUGGCCCCACAAAGACCACUAGCAGCAGGCCAGGGCAAUAUGAUUCUCCGGAAAAGGCAAAGGGUGAUUGCCAAUGCAGCAGACAGUGGCGCAGUGGAGAUGGAAAGCACAUCAGAUGUUGGUGGGGGUAUGCCGAUGUCCGAGAGAACCAGACAGGUUCUUAGCAUCGUCAAUGAGAGUACUAAGUGGGCAGUCUCUGCUGCUGCAGCUGGGUUCCUUCUUUGGAAACACAAUGAGCGGGCUGCAUGGUGCAUCCUGGGGUCCAUCUUCAACAGCGUUACGGGCAAGAUCCUCAAGCGACUGAUCAAUCAGAGCCGGCCUCCAUUGUCCAGAAAAGUAGACCCUGGCAUGCCUUCCUCACACGCCCUCAGCCUCGCCUACUUUGGGACUUACUCCUCUCUCACAAUUCUUCUAUGGCAAGGUCUCAAGCCUUCCGCUGUGAUAGCCGCCAUCUGUGCGCAAGCGCUGACCGCCUUCUUCGCAUGGUUACGGAUUGCGCUUGGGUACCACACGCCCGCCCAAGUAUUGGUAGGAUGUGCUGUAGGCAACGUGGUCGCCAUCAGCUGGUUAGCGAUUGGCGAACGCAAGGUUCUCCCAGCCAUCGCUUCUCCGGAUGGCGCUCUCCUUCGGGUUGCUCUAUUUCUUUCCACCACGCUACUUGUUGUAGCGUUUGUAGCCUAUGCAUUGCGAAAAUGGACGCAAGACUUGCCUUUCUUUGACCGAUGGCGGCGCUAGGAUUUGCAUCGUCUGUUUAUUGUUCUGUAAUUGUUUCAUUUCACUGGGUUGAUCGAAAAAGCUACCAGACGUAUCCAGAUUGGAUUGUGUGCAUUGAGUGCAGUACUCGAUUCUAGGCGCCUGCGCAUUCGACACUGCCAGUUCAAGCUGCAUUUGUCGGCGCGGCAGAUUGAUUGGUCUCGUACUGAGGUGCCUGUGACUUUCCUAUAGAUAGUCGUAUCAUUGAAUCAGUUCGUAAGUCGACAGCAGCAGGCGGCAGGGCGGCUCAGUACUUAUUCGCCAUCUCUGUAGAUGAGUAUGUUAUCAAACGUCCUGGCAGAGGCCCGCUAGGCGGCUAGGAAUUCUCAAUCUGGUU